CCACCUCCUUCCUAUCUCCAUAAAUAUGGCGGUCUACGUUUCUUCUUUCAUCAUCAUCCCUUUCCUCCGCCAUCUUGACUUUUCCAAUCCCAAGUUACUUCCGCGUUAAUUUCUCUCAAUUCCACAAGGGAUCUCGCAUUUUCAAACUCUGCUGGCUCAUUCGAUCCAUUCUUCUUCUAGAUUAUUAUCAUUCCUGUUUAUACAAGUAUCGCUCUCUGUCAGGUCUUAAAUCUGUUGGAGAGCUUGUUCUAAUGGGGGAAGCUCCAGCUUUUUUUGCUGAUGAUCUGCAGGCCAGGUUUUCUAAUGGGUUUCAUUUGAAGCUGAAGGACUUUGAAACAGCCACUGUUGUUGGGAAUAAGACAUAUGUCAUUGGUGGGAUUGAUGACCCAACAUCAACUGGAGUUCGUAUAUUUGAUAAAUCCAUUGGUGAAUGGGUGAUUCCAACUGUUCUAGGAACAAAACCGAAGGCAUUCAAGAGCCAUUCUACCAUGCUUUUGAAUAAAGAUAGAAUCUUGAUUAUUAAAAGCAAUUCCAAAUCUAAUGACUCUGCUUGGUUUCUUGAGGUGGACACACAAUUUGUUCGAGAUCAGAAGAAGAAAUUUGGAACUGAGGUAGUUGCUUGGAGUAAGGGUGUUAUUGGUGAUGCCGAAAGGCCUAUAGUAAUUAGUGGGCCAUCUGGUGUGGGGAAGGGUACACUAAUUAACAUGCUAAUGAAAGAGUUCCCAUCAAUGUUUGGGUUUUCGGUUAGCCACACAACACGUGCACCAAGGGAGAAGGAGGAGAAUGGUGUUCAUUAUCAUUUCACCGACCGAAGUGUUAUGGAGGAGGAGAUUAAAGCUGGGAAGUUUCUCGAGUUUGCUGCAGUACAUGGAAAUCUUUAUGGGACUAGCAUAGAAGCUGUUGAGAUAGUUGCCGAUGCUGGAAAGAGAUGCAUCCUUGACAUUGAUGUUCAAGGGGCAAGGUCCGUGAGGGCUAGUUCACUUGAGGCUAUUUUCAUCUUUAUUUGCCCACCCUCGUUUGAGGAGCUUGAGAAGCGCCUUCGUGCAAGAGGGACAGAGACCGAAGAACAGAUCCAAAAACGACUCAGAAAUGCCAAGGCUGAGCUUGAACAAGGAAACUCUCCUGGCCUUUUCGAUCAUAUUUUGGUGAAUAAUGAUCUUGAGGCUUGUUAUGAACGACUUAAGAAAAUUCUGGGUCUGAAUGGAAGUAUGGAUGUUACCCCAAAAACACGGAAGGUUUUUCAUGGAGCUUUUGAAUUGUCGAAUCCAGCAACAGAGGUGUUUGCUUUGCCAAUGGAGUUGUCAUUAUCCAUAAUCGAUGAAAAGAUCCUGAUAAACAGUGGGAAUGCUGAUCAGAAGAUCGUGCUCGACUUAUCUUCUAUGAAAGGCGGGGCACCUGGCCGGACUAGAGGACUGUACAUGUCCACUACUGGUCUGCAUUCAGACGAUGUCACCAAUGGCAACUUCUAGGCUGAUUUCUUCGGUACUAACUCCAAUCAUGAAUUCCUUUUCAAUUUAUUAUUUCAACCAAGACCCGAAAGAAUUAACUCCAAGAGGUGCAAAUGCUAGUAGUUUUUUGCCACGAUUGCCGGCAUUCCGCCCAUUAUUCUUUGAGAUUUGAAGUCAUUUUGAUGAUGUGGAAGUAGCACAAUUUAGUUGACCAGAACUGGAUCUCAAACCCAUUUCCUGUGUUUGAAACUGAUCGAUUCUUUAAGCAUGGAAACAUAUUUUUUAUUUUAGGAA